CACCCUUUUAGACCUUCCUCUCGAUAUUCUUCUUCGUCUUCCUUCCCUCCCCCAAUUUCUUUAUAAGUAGAAGUGGUAUUUUUCAUGGAGAAGUUUCAAAUGUUAUUUCCGUUUUCAUCAACGACUGAGCCAUCAUCUGCUACUUAUCCUAUCUCAUCAAAUAUGAUAAAUUCUCAUGCUCUUAGCAACUUCGAAGGCAUUAAUGAUUCAUAUGGCUUCCUGGGCUUAAAGAUAGAAAAUGAUCAUCAAGUCGCUUCUUCAGUAUCAAGAACAGAAGUAUUCAAUAAUAAUGAUCUUAAGUCUACUCAAAGCCAUGCCCACAUCGCAAUUGGGUCUGAAAGUGAGACAAAAUCAAGCAAAAAGAAGGGUGAAAAGAAGAUUAGAAAGCCUAGAUAUGCAUUUCAAACCAGAAGUCAGGUUGAUAUUCUUGAUGAUGGUUAUAGGUGGAGAAAAUAUGGCCAAAAAGCAGUGAAAAACAACAAAUUCCCAAGAAGCUACUAUCGAUGUACAUAUCAAGGGUGCAAUGUUAAGAAGCAAGUGCAACGCCUGACAAAAGAUGAAGGCGUUGUUAUAACAACUUAUGAAGGAGCGCACACUCAUCCUAUAGAGAAGCCAACUGAUAAUUUUGAACAUAUCUUGAGCCAGAUGCAAAUUUACACCCCCUUUUAAAGAAGUAGUGACGAUGAUAAUCUUCAAAUAGAUUAAAUCAUGUACAAUUUUAUAGCAUAUAUAGGUACUGAGCCCUCUACUUGGAUAUAUGGCAAUAAGGCUUGCUAUCAUACUGCAUCUUUAAGUUCUUAAUUGUGUUCUUUGAAUUUAGUAGGAAGUUUCCUUCAAUUCUUUACCUUUUUUUUCUUUUUCUUUUUUAUCGUUUUAUUUUGUUGCUAUGGUUAGAUUGAAUAUGUAUAUAUUCAGUUUCAUGGCGCAAUCUCAACAUUAAUAUAUAUAUAUGACACGAAUUGCAAAUGUAGCACCAUUAUUAUGACUAAACAAGCUCAUCAAACUUCAGUAGGAAAUGAGCUAAUUUCUUUCA